AUGACGGUGGCUGCUCUCCUCUACUACUCAUCACAUCUGCAAAAGGGAUUCCCGUUUCUGCCCGGAGAUCACGAAGCAAGACGACAGAAGAUCAUCACAGCAAUCGGAAAACCAAGGGCAAUGUCUCGGAUUAGUAAACUUGAUCACCUUCCGUUGGAUUUCCACGCCGGUUUGACGAGCCUUCAAUCGGUUGAAGAAGCUGCUCAAAAUGGAAAGGAUUCAAGACACGACCUCGCUUUAAUUGUUCUAUUUCUCAGCCAGUGCCUUGACAGGAACGAUGAACAGAUCUCGUCUUUUUACGUCAAAGAAUUUCCGAAGCUAAAGAAAAACGUGGAAGCAAUGUUCAAGAAAAUCAUCGACUUUGCGGCUUUAUCAGAUGGCGAUCCUCAUCUUUUCCUCACAGCUUUUCCGGAGGAGAGAAGAAGUUGCCCAAAGCAAGCUGAUGUUGCGCCAAAGGCGGUUCAAAGUCCACCAAUGACUUACGAGGACUUCGAAAUUCUAUCCGUUCUUGGCAAAGGAUCUUUCUCGAAGGUUGUUCAAGCUGAACACAAAGAAACGAAGAAGCUGUACGCGAUCAAGAUCAUCAAAAAGGAGCAAUUCAUUGAAGAAGCAGAUCCUGCGUGGAUUCAAACUGAGAAAAGCAUCUUCGCAAUUUGCACAAAUCAUCCCUUCCUCGUUGGGCUCCAUUAUUCAUUUCAGACUGAUUCUCGUCUCUUUUUUGUGAUCGAUUAUGUAUCCGGCGGUGAUCUACAAUAUCUAGUGCGUUGGAUGAGGAAAAUUCCCGAUAACUUUGCAUGUUUUUACGCUGCUGAGAUCUCCGUUGCUUUGUACUUUCUUCACACACAGGGAAUUAUUCACAGGGAUCUCAAGCUUCGCAAUGUUUUCUUGAAUGCAGAUGGGCAUAUCAAAGUUUCGGACUAUGGUCUGAGCAAGAAAUUUCGGGAAGAGGUCAUGUUUUGUCAGGAAAUCGUUGAGCAAAAGCUCGGCCAGCAUUUUGAUCUUCCACCCAAUGCGGUCGCCGCUCUUCAUCGAUUCUUGUGCUCGGAUCCAAAGAAACGCUUGGGUUGUGGCGAGGACAUUCACGAAGGUUAUCGACAACUGCAGAAACAUCAAUUUUUUAAGGAAAUCGAUUGGAAAUUGUUGGAGAAAUGCGAGAUGACGCCUCCUUUCAAGCCGAAGAUCAAGAAUUCCCGUGACAUUCGCUACUUCAAUCCCAAAUACACAAAGCAACCUCCUCGUUUGACGAUGGAUAACCCGGCUACUAUCGCGCAGAUAGAUCAGAACGACUUCCGUGGCUUCGAAUUCACUGAACUGGAGCAAAUGGAAUCG